AUGCGCAGAAAGCCAUGGCAUCGGAAGCGAAGAGUAGGAACAGCUGGGCGUUGGCUCGGCCAUGGCAGCGGAGCAGUGUCCAAGGCGAAGAUCCUGGGCAACCCCGAGCUGUACAUUAAGAGCGGCUCCGACAUCAACCUGACGUGCGUGGUGCUGGAGACACCCGAGCCGCCCUCCUUCAUCUACUGGUACCAGGGCGCGCAGGUCAUCAACUACUCGCAGCGCGGCGGCAUCAACGUCGUCACGGAGAAGCAGACGCGCACCUCGCGGCUGCUCAUCUCGCGCGCGCUGCCGCAGGACUCGGGCAACUACACCUGCAGCCCCUCCAGCUCCGACUCGGCCAGCGUGAUGGUGCACGUGCUCAACGGUGAGCGCCGCCUCAGAGCCUGCGUUUGCUUUCAAUACGACGCUACAUCCAUGCGUGAAUUCGGGUCGUAA